AUGGCCACCACCGACGGAGGAGUUGAGCUGCCAACGCAACAGCCCGAACAAGUCGAGCAAGCGAACCAAAUCGAUCAAGUCGAAGAAUCUGCACCAGCAGAGACGACAACCAACGAUGAAGAUAAUGAAAUUGACGACUUAUUUGAUGACGACGAUGAAAUAGUGCCUGAACUGAUAUCGGGCGACCACCACGACUUCACCAAAGCAUACAACCGGCAGCGAAAGCUCAACGAUACAAACAUACCAGACGAUCACAAGCCCAAGUCGAACCCACAGAAGCCUUCAGCCAACACAAAUGCCUCCAUCGAUGAUCAAGUCGCAUCGCUAUCAAAGCAUGCCGGCAAGAUUCGCCUCACGGGGAACAUGACGGGCGCGUCGGGGGGCAAUGCAAGGAACAAGGACAAGGCAGACCGCGCGACAACUGAACAAGUGUUGGACCGAAGGACUCAGAUGAUCCUGCUCCAGCUCAUAAACCGCGGCGCAAUCUCAGAGAUUCACGGUGUCAUCUCCACAGGCAAGGAAGCCAACGUCUACCAUGCCAUGGUAGAAGCUACGGAUGAUGAUGCCGAAUCUAUCCACCGCGCCGUCAAGGUAUACAAAACGUCCAUCCUCGUCUUCAAGGAUCGCGCCAAGUACGUCGAAGGCGAGUUCCGCUUCAGACAGGGAUACAACAAGAGCAACAACCGUGCCAUGGUACGCAUGUGGGCAGACAAGGAGCGCAGGAAUCUGGCCAGAAUACACGAUGCAGGUAUCCCGUCACCAAUGGCUCAUGCGCUGCGCAACCACGUUCUUGUCAUGGGCUUUGUGGGCGACCGCAAGGGCAAGGCCGCGCCUCGUCUAAAGGAUGUGCGCUUCGAGGGUCUUACAGCAGAGGAAGAAGACGCGAAAUGGACCAGUCUCUAUCUCGAGAUGCUGGCCUACAUGCGCAUAAUGUACCAGACAUGUCGCCUCGUCCAUGCCGACUUGAGCGAAUACAACGUCCUGUACCACCAAGGCAAGCAAUGGAUCAUCGAUGUCUCGCAAGCCGUCGAACACGACCAUCCCCGCUCUCUUGAGUUUCUGCGUAUGGACAUCAAGAACGUAUCCGAUUUCUUCCGCUCACGCAAUGUUGAAACGCUUAGUGAGCGCAAGGCUUAUGCCUACAUCACAAGUGAAUCAGGUGCCAAGACUGUUCAAGAGCAGUCACAGAUGGAAGACAGCAUCCGCAGCUUGUUGAACAAGAAGCCGUUGACCGAGGAGGAAAGGAAGAAGGAAGAGGAAGACGACGAUGUCUUCCGCAACCAAUACAUCCCACAAACACUCGAACAAGUCUACGAUAUUGAACGCGAUGCUGAGCUUGUCAAUGCCGGUGCUGGCUCCGAUCUUCCAUACCAAGCCCUCCUUGCUGACAAGGUCGUUAACAACGAAUCUGAAGCCGAGGAUUCAGACGAUGGCUCGGAUGAUGGUAGCUCGUCUGAGGUUGAUCAAAGUAUCUUCGACAAGGGCCCAAGUCGUGGGAAGAAACACGUGGAUCACGACGAGAAGGUCGCACACAAGAAAGCCGUUAAGGAAGAGAAGCGUGAGAAGAGGAAGGAGAAGAUGCCGAAACACAUGAAGAAGAAGCUGACCAGUCAAGGUGGUGGCCGUAAGAAGUGA